AUGGAUAGAAAAGCGCACAGAGCGGGCGAGCGCCGGGCUGCAGGCAGGACAGAUGGGCGCGGAGGUUGGGAACGCGGCGCGGACGGGCUGGCGGCGGGGUCGCGGCGCGACUCUGUCGAUGACAGCUGGUCGAGCCUAUCGAGCAACUCGCAGGAGGCGCCAUUGGAGCACGAGGUGCGGAGCGGCGGACGGAUUGUGGAGCCGGGCAGCGACUUGCCGCCACAUAUGAAGCACAGUCGCGGGUUGCAUCACGCGAGCUUUGCGCGCGUGAGCCAGCACCCGAGCUCGCCGCUGGCAAAGCAGCUGCGGCCUGUGCGUAACGUGACCAUGCAGUCUGCCGCUGAGGACGACGAUGCGCGGGCCACAGGCGCGCCUCCGCCAAUACGGCGCAUACCAUCGCGCGCAGGCUCGUUUUUUAAGCGCCUGACCGGCCGCAAGAGCUCCAUCAAUGGCUCGGAGACUUCCGCGGCGGCUGAUGCGGACGUCGCGGCGGCGCCGUCUUCGCUGCGGCGUAAGGUGAACACAUUCAUCCAUGGAAAUGAAGCCAGGCGAGACAGUAAGGGCACAAUAUCGACGUCUUCAGCGGACAGUAGGCGUGGGUCGACGGCCAGCGGCGGGAGUGCGUCGAUAAUUCAGCUUCCUGACGGACAGAGGCUCUCGUUGCAGGAAUACAAGCCUGUGUCGCCCACUACCACUGCCCUUUCUAGCGCAUCGAGCGCUGCUGCCCAGCAAGGCGGUGACAGGAGCACUGGCUCUCCUGUGCAUGUGCCGUGGGAUAAUGCGGAGGCUUCCAACGAGCACGAGUCGGGCGUAAACACAACAUUCUUUAAUUUAGACAUGGACCUGAACAACCUCUCUGACAUAACGAGUGCCUAUCAGCAACAGACUGAGACCACUACGAAUGCCAAUCUGGAGGUAAAUAUGGCAAACGCCGGCAAGCCUGUUGUGCACAUGCCGCGGCCACAGAAGCUUCCUGCGAGGGAAGUUCGCCAUACCAAGGGAGCUGCGCAGUGGACGGCUCCGGAGUCAUGGGAUGUUGAUGACCCCGUUAUCAAGCCAUCGAAACAAAAACAGAAGUGCCACAAUCCAGCCCAUCGGCACCAUCGGCACCACUACAGUCCUCGUUCGGAUAUGACCGGAACGUCUGGCGAUAACAAUCGCUUGUCCGCAGAUCCAAACCGGUAUUCAAAUCUGGAGGACUCACCCAAUCAUAGCCGUUUGACAGCAGCCUUUUCUCGAUCUCCAAUCCACAGGGAUAUGUCUCCGCUUAGUAUCAUGAGUUCUGAUAGCAUUGUAUCCAGUAACUCAGAUUCCUGUAGCUUUUCCGUCGUGAGUAACCCGGAAGACACGCCAAAAGACAUCACACAUCCAGACAAUGCUUCCACCUCUUCGAUCCAUGCACAAGAACUUGAAAAUAAUGAUAUUGAGGAUGAUAAACUGCAGCAUCAUUUAGAGAAGUACUACAAUCACUUUAGUGAUAUUGACUAUCACAAAAAAUACACGAUCCGUAUUUUUAAUACGGACGAUACUUUUACAACGCUAUCAUGUAGGCCGGAGACUACUGUAAAGGAAAUGAUACCCCAGAUAAAGCGGAAAUUUAACGUGCCCCCAGGUAACUACCAGGUUUCCCUUAAAGUCGGUAAGUUGUCAAAGGUAUUGAGGCCAACAGCGAAGCCAAUCUUAAUUCAAAUACGACUCCUGUUAUUCAAUGGUUAUAAGAAGACAGAUCGUUUAAACAUUAUGGGCAUAGAAGACUUGAGUUUUGUCUUCAGUUUUGUCUUCCACCCCGUUAUUACAUCACAGUUAACAUAUGAACAAGAGCAAAGGCUCAGUAAAGGUGAGUUCGUUCAUGUUGACCUGCGUAACAUGGACCUUACGAUUCCGCCGAUUAUUUUUUAUCAACAUACGUCUGACAUUGAGAGUCUCGAUGUAUCCAAUAAUGCCAAUAUAUUCCUGCCUUUGGAUUUCAUCGAGAGUGUGAUUAAGCUUUCCAGUUUACGAAUGGUCAAUAUUAGAGCGUCCCGAUUUCCUUCAAAUAUCUGUGAGGCAACAAAGCUGAUCACCCUUGAUUUGGAAAGGAACUUUAUUAAAAGGGUACCGGACCAGAUGUCUAAGCUUACAAAUUUAACAAUUUUGAAUCUAAGGUGCAAUGAAUUGGACAGGCUACCAAGGGGGUUUAAAGACUUAAAAAGUCUUCAACUACUCGAUAUUUCUUCUAAUAAGUUUAAUAUCUACCCCGAGGUUAUUAAUUCAUGUACAAACUUGCUGCAGCUAGACUUGUCCUAUAACAAGAUUAGAUCCUUACCGGAUAGUAUGAAUCAGCUGCAAAAACUAGCCAAAAUUAACCUAUCGAACAACCGCAUAACACAUGUCAAUGAUCUUUCGAAAAUGACUUCUCUGCGGACCUUGGACUUGAGAUAUAAUAGAAUUGAGUCUAUAAAAUGUCGGGUACCAAACCUCCAGAAUCUUUUCCUGACCGAAAAUAGACUCACAAUGUUUGAUGAUGACCAGCUGAUGCUUAGAACACUAGAAUUGCAGAGAAAUCCAUUAUCGAUACUCACUUUGAAGAACGACUACUUGGAACAUUUGACAAGUUUAUCUAUAAGCAAAGCAAAGUUAGCGGUUUUACCUGAGAGCUUGCUAAGGCGGCUACCACGUUUAGAGAAACUGGAAUUAAGUGAAAAUAGCUUGACUGUUCUGCCUCCAGAUAUCAAGCACCUGAAGAAGUUAGUUCAUCUCUCAGUGGCCAAAAAUAAACUGGAAUCACUUCCAGACGAAAUCGCUUCUCUAAAAAACCUUAAGAUGCUUGACUUACAUUGUAAUAAUUUGAUGACAUUGCCUGCUGCUCUAUCAACACUCAGUUUGACUUUUGUGAACAUUUCUUCAAAUAUGUUAUCUGGGCAUCAUGAAUUGUAUCGCACCUUCCAAGGAACUUCAAAUAUUGCAAAAUCAUUGAUGUUUUUAAGCGCUGCAGACAACCAGAUGGGUGAUAAAUUCUGGGAGAUAUUCAAUACUUUUAAGACGUUGAAAGUUUUAAACCUGUCAUAUAACAACUUUAUGGCCCUGCCAGAACUUGAGAUGGAGAAUUUAACUGAACUCUACUUAUCGGGUAAUCAUUUAACAACGCUCUCUGGUGAAGCUUUCUUAAAGCUCAAAUCACUUAGAGUUCUCAUGCUGAAUGCUAAUAAUUUGCAGUCCCUGCCAGCAGAGAUCUCGCAACUCUCGCAACUCUCCGUCAUUGAUGUCGGUUCGAAUCAGCUCAAGUACAAUAUAUCCAACUACCAUUAUGACUGGAAUUGGAGACAGAACACCGAGCUAAAGUACCUAAACUUCUCCGGUAACACUAGAUUUGAAAUCAAAAGUGCUAUGGAGUAUGGAACCAAUAUGCAUUUAUCUGACCUUACUGUCUUGAAACAGCUCAGAGUUUUAGGCUUAAUGGAUGUGACCCUAAACACUUCGCGAGUCCCUGAUGAUGGGGUCAACUUCAGAUUAAGAACAAUGGGUUCUACAAUCAAUGGUAUGGAGUAUGGUGUAGCGGACUCGUUGGGGCAGACAGAUUCUGUUUCAACCAGAGACGUCACUUUUGAACGUUUCAGGGGAAAUGAAGAUGAGUGUCUGAUUUGUUUGUAUGAUGGAAUUAACGAUAAUACAAACACAGGCCAUAAAAUAUCACAGGUCAUAAGAGAUAUAUAUGAUCGCAUAUUAGUGCGGUCUUUGGAGAAAUAUGGUGACUCAACGCCAGCCGAAAUUCGCGAUGCCCUACGCUUCAGUUUCCUGCAACUAAACAAAGAAAUUAAUUCCUCGAUACUUGCUGCUGGUAAUAACAAGAAUAGUAACGGUAACACUAAUAAUAAUAAUAACACUAAUAAUAAUAAUAAUAAUGGAAAUAAUAAUACUAAUUCAAAUGGUGAAUCUGUCGUCUUAACUGCCGCCGAUUCAUUGAGUGGCGCGUCGGUCACAGUUGUAUUCAUGAAGGGCAAAAAUAUCUAUACUGCCAACAUCGGAAACGCAACGGCUAUUCUCUCUAAGGGCAACGCUGAUUAUCGUAUUCUAACACGCAAACACGUUCCUACUGAUACUGAAGAGUUUGAAAGAAUCCGAUUAUCCGGAGGAUAUGUCGACAAUAAGAGGGUGAAUGGAGUAUCCGAAAUAUCCAGAGCAAUAGGAUUUUUUGAUCUCUUACCACAUAUUCACGCCUCACCUGAUAUUAGUGAGACCACCUUAACAUAUACGGACGAUAUGUUGGUAAUAGCGACCCAGAGUUUACUAUCUUAUGUCAGUCUGGAAAAAAUAUGCGAUAUUGCUAGGGAAAACAAGUCUCAACCAAUGCUAGCAGCCGAAAGAAUGAAGGAUUAUGCGAUUGCAUAUGGAUGUACGGAUAAUAUAACCAUACUGUGCGUUUCAUUUAAUAAAAAUGUUGGCAAGCAGAAACAAUUCUCUCUGAACAAAAGCGAUCUACUGGGUCGGCGUCUAAACUUUGAAGAUGUUUCACUGCGCAGAUUGCGCCCAGAAAUUGCCCCACCAACUGGACAUCUGGCAAUCGUAUUCACAGAUAUUAAAAACUCAACAUUCCUUUGGGAACUAUUCCCCAACGCAAUGCGUGUGGCAAUAAAAGCUCAUAACGACAUUAUGCGUAGAACACUUCGAAUAUUUGGUGGAUACGAAGUCAAGACCGAAGGUGAUGCUUUUAUGGUUGCUUUCCCAACGCCUACCAGUGCUCUGGUAUGGUGCUUAACGAUUCAACUUAAACUACUGGAGCUUGAUUGGCCAGAGGAGAUCACAUCCAUCAAAUCCGGCUGUAUGAUUACAGAUGACAGCGGAAAUACAAUAUACCAGGGUCUCUCUGUUCGUAUGGGCAUCCACUGGGGAUGUCCUGUGCCGGAGGUGGAUAUAGUGACGCAGAGAAUGGAUUACCUUGGUCCUAUGGUCAACAAGGCAGCUAGAGUGUCAGCAACCGCUGAUGGUGGCCAGAUUACACUGAGCAGCGACUUCCUAGCGGAAUUAAACAAAAUAAUGAAACUCCACCACAUGGUCGUACAGGAUAAAAAGCCACUGAAGGAGGUGUAUGGUGAAGAAUUCGUGGGCGAAGUUUUAGAGCGUGAGAUCCAAAUGUUAGAUAACGUUGGAUUGGUUCUGGAAGAACUGGGGGAGCAGAAGUUAAAGGGUCUGGAAACUCGGGAAUUCAUAACUAUUGCGUAUCCCAAGCAAUUGGCAGCUAGACAUACCAUGUCCACAGGGGAGAAAAGCACCAACAUUGUCAACGAUAAAUAUGUUCUCCAAUUGAAAGUAAUUUCCACAACUUUGGAGAAUAUUCUUUCAACUGUUAACGGCGGUCUGAUCGAAAUCGACAAUAGUGUCCUACAACUACCAACACAUAUGACUCGUGAUAAAAAGGUUGAUAAAGCGCUGAGCCAGAACACGGAAUACGAUUGGAUAUCCUUGUUGGAUCAUCUUGUCACUAGGCUGGAGUCUACGGUAGCAAUGCUGCAGCUGCGGCAGCGAUUGGAGGGUGGCUUGGAGAUCUGUCGACCAGGUAACAAUACGAAAAAAUCAGUAUUCGAGCUGCUGGAUCUGCUGUGCACUGGAACAGGUUUCAAGCGAGAUACGCCGUCUGAAAAUAAAUAA